UAAUGAGAUGCAUUUUCUGCAAUUUCGCUCGGUUGGUAUUUUCUGUCGUCGGGUCUUCCCUCGUCUCCGUAAUCCCGAAUCUAUUACCGUAAAUUAUUCCCCUUACAAUUUGAUCCAUCAACGUCAAGUGAGGAGCAGGAUGUCGCAGCAAGGAGCAACGUGUGUGAGCGCUGGCAAGAAGUGGAGCGAUGGCUUUGCGUAUCCCGACGUUCGACGCGACGAAGCGUCGGUCUUCGAGCAUCAUGGUGAUAACAUUGCGGAUCCGUAUCGCUGGCUGGAGGAUCCCGACGCGCCGGAGACCAAGGAGUUUGUGGAGAAGCAGAACCAUGUCACCAAUGGAUUCCUGCGAUCCUAUCCUCAUUACGAUCAGCUGAAGAACAUGGUGACGAAGCUGCAUGAUUAUCCGCGUUAUGGAGCUCCCAACAUCGAAGGACAGCGCGUUUACUAUAUGUUCAACAGCGGACUGCAGAAUCAGAGCGUGAUGUAUCGGCAAAAGUCGAUAGACGACGACAGUAGUGAGGUGUUUUUCGAUCCCAACACGUUGUCCGAGGACGGAACAACCUCCCUGAGCCAAACCAGCUGGUCGGAAGAUGGCCGCCUGAUGGCGUACAUGAUCAGCGCCGGAGGCAGCGAUUGGCGCACCAUCAAGGUUAUGGAUGCCGACACCAAAACGGAUUUGCCAGAUGUGCUGGAGCGUGUAAAGUUUUCGUGUCUGGAAUGGACGCACGAUAAUAAAGGAUUUUUCUACAACAUGUAUCCCGAGACGUCUGCGGAACACGCUGUCGGAACCCACACUGGUUCGGAUUAUAACCAAAAGCUAUACUACCAUUACCUGGGUACGCCCCAGGCGAAAGACGUUAUGUGCGCCGAAUUCCCGGAAAAUCCUAGCUGGAAGGGAGGAGUUUCCGUUACGGAUGAUGGCCGGUACGCCGUUAUGAGCAUUAGCCGCAGUUGUGAAUCCAAAAACGCUGUCUGGUACUGCGACCUGACUAAAGUUGGAGACAUUAAGGGUACGUUGCGUCGAUAUUACCAUCCGUUUUUCGCAUGUAACGCAUAUUUGGAUGUUACAGGACCGCUUCCCUGGGUCAAACUCUUCCAAGAUUUCGACGCGGAAUACAGUUUGAUAACGAACGAAGGCUCGCUGUUUUACAUCAAAACAAACCUGGACGCUCCCAACCAUAAGGUCAUGGUUGUGGAUGUCAACAACCCGGAUCGAAAUAACUGGAAAAUACUUAUUCCGGAAAACAAGAAGUAUUUUCUGGAAUGGGCGUGCUGUGCGGCGGGAAAUAAACUGAUCGUCCACUAUAUCGAGGAUGUUAAGAGCGCUAUGUACAUCCACAACUUGCAAUCUGGGGAGCGCGAGUAUGCCUUCGAUCUCGGUUGCAGCGCGGUGAUGCAAAUCAGCUACAAGAAGAAACUCUCGUCAUUCUUCUACAAAGUCCAGUCAUUCACCAAUCCGGGCUCGGUGUACAAGUGUGAUUUAUCCCAAUCCAUUAAUCCUACUAUUUUUCGUGAAAUCAAGACAACAGCUUUCGAUCCGGAGCAGUAUGAAACAAAGCAAGUGUUCUAUCCGAGCAAGGAUGCUGUACAGAUCCCCAUGUUUAUCACUUUCCGGAAGGGAUUGAAACUUGGUCCGGAUACUCCGUGUCUGCUGUACGCAUACGGAGGCUUCCAUAUUGCCGUGCAGCCGUAUUUUAGCGCCCGGUUUGUCGCGUUCUUGAAAGCCUUCGAUGGGAUAUUCGCUGUGGCCAAUAUUCGCGGUGGCUCGGAAUACGGAGAGGAAUGGUGGCAAGCCGGUGCGCUGAAGAACAAGCAGAACUGCUUUACGGACUUCCAAAUGGCCGCUGAGUAUCUUUAUCAGGAAGGUUACACAUCGCGAGACAAACUGGUGAUAAUGGGAGGCUCCAACGGAGGAUUACUUGUCGGUGCCUGCUGUAAUCAACGACCAGAUUUGUUUGGAGCUGCUGUUCCCAUGGUUGGGGUGAUGGAUAUGCUGCGCUUCCAUAAAUUUACGAUUGGUCACUAUUGGACGUCGGAUUACGGCAACCCUGAUGAGAAGGACGAUUACGACGUUAUAAUUAAGUACUCGCCACUGCACAACAUCCGGUCGCCGGACAAGGCGGACGUGCAGUACCCGGCCCUGCUGGUGGUCACCGCCGACCACGAUGACCGCGUGUCACCGCUGCACUCGCUGAAGUAUGUCGCCGAGUUGCAGCACCGUCUGUGCAAGGCCGACGCGGAGCUGGCCGGACGCCAGCGCAAUCCACUGAUGGCCCGGAUCGAGACGAAGGCGGGCCACGGUGCCGGCAAGUCGACGACGAAGAUUAUUGAGGAAAUUACGGAUACCCUGGUGUUUUGCGCCCGAGCACUGGAUUACGGAUGGAAAGGCGAAUGUUGAAAACACUGUUACAUUAAUUUGGAUCUUUUUUAUGUUUUUGUAUUGCCCUGGUUUAAUUGAAUACAUUGAUUUUUAUAUCGUCACAGUUUAAUUAAUUACAGUACACUGCUUUUUUCGUUUGUGCGUUGCCAUCGUUUGAACAAGUACAGUAAUCAAAAUAAACUGCCGGGAAACUGAAAA